AUGAAAUCGACUGUGAUCAACACCUCUAAAGAGAUGACUGCUUACUCAGACUUUCCGCCGGAGCCUACUAUGGCUAAUUUUAUGCACAACUCAGAGAUGUACAGAUACCUCAACAAUUACGCUGACCACUACGAUCUCAAGAAACAUAUAAAAUUUGAUCACAAAGUCCUGGAUAUUGAGCGUUCCAAUGAUUACAAGGAAACAGGACAAUGGACCGUCACUUUCGAAGACGGGUUCGGAAAUAAGGGCACGGAAGUGUUUGAUGGGGUCUUGCUAUGUUCUGGUCAUCAUGCAUUGCCCCGAAUGCCCACUCCAUGGCCGGGUCAGAACAGCUUUAAGGGGCGAAUAAUCCAUGCGCACAGUUACAGGGACCAUAAGGGUUAUGAAGACAAAAUAGUUGUUGUCGUUGGAGCUGGAAACUCAGGAGGUGAUAUUGCUGUUGAGCUCAGUAGGAUAGCCAAGCAAGUUUAUCUGGUAACUCGUCGCGGUACGUGGGUAUACAAUCGGAUAUUCGACUAUGGCCUACCUUUUGAUUUUGCAGCGAACAGAUUGUACCUAGAACACAUUCGUGAAAUUGUUCCCGAAUGGCUGACGAACACAAUCAUGGAAAAGAAGGUGAACCAACGCUUUGAUCAUGAGCGCUACGGAUUAAAACCUAAACAUCGCAUCCUUGGGGCACAUCCAACGGUCAAUGACGAAUUACCAAAUCGAAUUGCCUGCGGUACAGUGCGAGUGAAGCCGAAUAUUAGAGAGUUCACCGAAGAUGGAAUUGUUUUUGAAGAUGGAUCCCAUAUUGAGGGUGUAGAUGAUGUUAUAUUUGCAACCGGCUACAAAUUUCAUUUUCCAAUUGUGGAAGGUGGCAAGUUGAUUCCCGUGCACGAUAAUAUCGUCGACCUCUACGAAUUUAUGUACCCUACUGCCACAUCGGACCAUAAUACAUUGGCUGUAAUUGGGCUCAUUCAGCCCCUCGGCUCAAUUAUGCCCAUAUCGGAGAUGCAAGCUCGUGUCUUCUAUGAAAAUCUUUUUGGACGAAAUAAAAUUCCGGGGCGAGAAGAGAUGAAGAAGUCUAUAAAGGAAAAGCGAGAGGCAAUGGAAGCGAGAUACGUGCAUAGCCCAAGGCACACUAUCCAAGUUGAUUUUAUCACUUACAUGAACGAGUUAGCCGAGCUAGUCGGCUGUAAACCCAAUGUGAAAGAACUUCUGCUAUCUGACCCAUUAUUAGCAAUGCAGAUUUACUUCGGCCCCUGCGUUCCAUAUGUAUAUCGACUAAAAGGACCAUUCCCUUGGUCUGGUGCCCGUGAGGCUAUAAUGGGCGUCGAUGAGAGGGUAUUCAAGGCAACAAGUUCGGCUCCGUACCGCUCUACUUACGAAGGCUAUACUUACAUCGUAGUUGCUCUGUUGAUCGUAUUUUUACUGAAGCUAAUUUUCUAG